AUGGGCCACGUCACGGGCACGGCGUUGGCAGAGCGCACGCCCGCCGGUGGCUUGCUGAUUGCCUGGCAGCUCAAAGACCGACCCGUUCUCCUCAUUGGUGGCGGAGAAGUCGCUGUGAGUCGGGUGGUGCAUCUGUACCAUGCGUAUGCACGCAUCACAUUGCUGGCGCCUCGUGCGCACCUGCAUCCCACGCUGGCCGCCUGGAUCGAGGCGGGUGUCAUUGCGACAUACAUCCCGGACUGGUAUACAAACCCGUCACAACUGGAACGCAAGGAUGGAAACGACGACUACGCGAUGAUUUUUACGGCAAUCGAUGAUAUGGAGCGCAGUCAGGAAGUGUGUGAUUGGUGUCGUGCCCGCAAGAUCCCUGUGAACGUGGCCGAUGUGCCGGCCUCCUGUGACUUUUACUUUGGCUCGAUGAUUCGGCGUGGGCCAUUGCAAGUGAUGGUCUCGACGGGUGGCCAAGGCCCACGCCUAGCGCGUCUCCUUCGGCAGCGCAUCGAGUCUGCCUUGCCGCCGGCGGUAGGCGCGGCGAUCACCAAUGUCGGCCUCCUACGAUCCAAGCUACGGGAGGCCGAGCCUGCGCAGGCCCUCAGUGGCGAGCGUAUGGCAUGGAUGUCGAAAGUGUGCGAUACGCUCACAUUGGACGAGCUCGCGGCGCUCUCUCCCUCGACCGCGCAGCACUGGAUUCAUCAUGACUGGCCGCAGCGCCGCGUGCCACGCCGCUCACGCCGCUCAUGGCAAACAUAUAUGCCCUGUCGUCAAUCGGUGGGCUCCUUUGUCUUGGGAAGCGUGACGACCAUGAUACUCUACACAGCCUGGGCGUACCGCCGAUCGUCGUCGUCGUAG